ACCUUCCCCUCCGCUGGCUUAGAUCACCAUUUUCCCUAGAAGAAGGGUGUGUGUAUAUAUGUAUGUAUGUACAAUACAAUAUCAUGUGAGAAAACAAUAACCUGCAUUUAAUUCACUUAUAAACAUAACAUAAAACAUUUAUUAUAAUGGGUAAUUGUAUAAGGAGCAUACUGAGAAGGUUAGAAAGGAAAAGGUGUACUGAAAAGACUAUUAUCUUAUUGAUUGUGGGCCUUGAUAAUGCAGGAAAAACUUCUGUUUUAAAUUGUAUUAGCGGUGAAUUAGAUAAGUCUGUAUUACCCACAAUGGGAUUUCGUACUGUAUCUUUAAAAUGUAAAUCGUAUGCGGUAAAAAUUUAUGACAUCGGUGGUAGUUCUCAAAUUAGAUCUUUAUGGCCAAAAUAUUAUAAUAGUAUACAUGGUCUUAUAUAUGUGGUGGAUGCUAGUGAUAUUUCUCGUCUUACAGAAAAUAAAGUUGUAUUUGGUGAAUUAAUUUCACAUGAGUAUAUUUCAGGAAAACCAUUAUUAUUGCUUGCAAACAAACAGGAUAUAAAUGGAGCUAUAGAUGAAUUAGAUCUUGUUGAACAUUUAGAUGUAGAACAUGCUGUUAAUACUAUGAAAUGUCCUACAAGAGUGGAAAUAUGUUCAUGCAGUUGUAAGGGAGAACAAUUAAAAGAUAGUAGCAUAGGCAUUAAAAAUGGAUACAGAUGGUUAUUGGAUACAAUAGCAAAAAAUUACAGUGUUCUAAAUAACAGACUGAAAGGUUCUCAGAAUGCUCAAAAUGAAAGACAUAUAGAAGUACAAACUACAACAUUGGAUUCGCCAUCAAAGCUCUCAAUUCAUUCAAAUCCUUUUAAACCAAUUAAAGAAUUAAUUUCAAAAAAGGAAGUAGUUCCAGCAAUAAAUAUUUCAGAAAAUGGUGUUUUAACAAAUGGAAAAAAAUUGAAAAAUAUGUUCAUGCAUAAAAAUAAGACUGCACCACUUACUGUUGAAGAAUCUGUUAUUGAAAUGAAAGAUAUAUCAGAAACUGAUAAAUAUACUACUAGAGGUUUAAGAACUCAGAGAAGUCUGCAAACUUUUUCUCCAACAUUAAAUCCAGCAGCAUUGAAUGCAGAAUCAAAUGCAACUAGAUUAAACUUAACCCGUCCAUAUACAGCUCCAGGGUGUUCACAACAUUUUAUAAACAAAAUAACAGUAAUUAAUAUACCUGGACAAGUGAUGCAAGGAUGAUAUUUUUAAGUUUGUAUUUAAACAAUAAUAAGGGACCAUUGUAAAAAUACUUAAAUCGUAUAAAAAUAUAAUAAUAAUAAUUUUAUUUUACAUUGCAUU